ACAUGAAAGAUACAUUUCUACACUUAAACAGUUUUCUAAAGUUUCAACUGAAGCAGGAGAUGAUAACUAAAGUUAGACAAACACCGGAGCUGAAGGUUUUACUUCCAGACAGUUUGAUGACAUUUAAACCGAGUAGAAAAGACAUGGAGGAUAAACUUGGCUUUGGAUGAACGGAUAUUUUAUACAGAAUUAGCGGCGCGUGGAUUUCAUUGAUACGUGAAGUUUGCUCAGGACCAGAGUUCCCAGUCUGACAUUCCAGACCACAGCGUCUCCUAUGAUGGGUGCGACGGUGGAGCAGUUUGAACAGGCGAAGAGCAAACUGUCGGCGCUGAAGAAGGAUCCGGGGAACGAGGUCAAGCUGAAGAUCUACGCUCUGUUCAAGCAGGCCUCUCAGGGUCCCUGCAACACUCCUAAACCAGGAAUGCUGGACUUUGUGAACAAGGUCAAAUGGGAUGCGUGGAAAUCUCUGGGCUCCAUCUCUCAGGAUGAAGCCAGGGAGCAGUACUGCAACCUGAUUGGCUCCCUGGUGGAGGCAGAGGGAGGAAGCUCCGCCCAGGUGGCUGCAGCGCCUGUUGGGGGUGGAGCCACAUACGAGACGCUGUUGGUCUCUACGGACGAUGACAUCACCACCAUCAAACUGAACCGACCGGCCAAGAAGAACGCCAUCACACCUGAGAUGUACAACGAGAUCAUAGCAGCUCUGGAGCAGGCGGCUAAAGACGAGUCAAAGUUCGCCGUGUUCACAGGAGCUGGAGACUUUUACUGCAGCGGGAACGACCUGUCCACCUUCACCAAGGUCCCAGAGGGAGGCGUCCAGGAGAUGGCCAGGCAGGGAGCAGAGCUGCUCAGGAAGUACGUCAGGGCGUACAUCGACUUCCCGAAGCCUCUGGUUGCCGUGGUGAACGGCCCGGCUGUAGGGAUCGCCGUCACCGUGCUGGGACUGUGUGACCUGAUCUACGCCACAGAGCGGGCCACCUUCCACACGCCCUUCACCCAGCUGGGUCAGAGCGCCGAGGGCUGCUCCUCCUACACCUUCCCCAGGAUAAUGGGCCCCAACAAGGCCAGUGAGAUGUUGCUGUUCAAUAAGAAGCUGUCGGCCCGCCAGGCCUGUGAACUGGGUCUGGUCACAGAGGUUUUCCCCGACAGCAGCUUCCAGUCCGAGGUCUGGACCCGGCUCAAGGCCUACGCCCGGCUGCCUCCCCAGACCCUGGCGCUGUCCAAACAGCUGGUCCGGUCCGUGGAGAAGGAACGUCUCUACGCCGUCAACGACGCCGAGGUGGAGCGGCUGAUGGAGCGCUGGACCUCAGAGGAAUGCUUCAGCGCCGUCAUGAGCUUCUUCCAGGCCAAAGCCAAACUGUGAGGGACCGGCAGAACCCGGCCGGUUCUGGGAGGAAGAGGAAGAGCGGAUGAUGGACUCGUCUUCAUGACGUCGAUUUUUCAUUCUGACUUCGUUUAGAGAAUCUGAUCCAGAGGAGGUUCUGAUCCGGUUCCGGUUCUGGACUGGAGUUGAAACACUGAUGAUUUUAAACUUUUUCAGAAUGAUCUGUGUUGAUCGACCCUGAAUUUAUUUCUGAUAAUAGAUCAAUAAAUGAUGAAUCAGUGAAGAA